CUGAUGAAUGCUAACCCUUGCUCACACAAGCCUUCUUCCAAGCGACUUAAUACUCGCAGCUGCAGCCUUUCUGCACCUCGACCCGACUCUGGAACCCAGAAUAGACUCCCCAGCUCAUGCCACUUUAUGCUGAUUUCAGCCCAUGGCUGCCCCUUUUGCGCUCCCUAGCAGGAUAACAUGCUGUUUAUUAGCUCUCUUCCCUUCGUGUCUACCCAACAAAACGGCUGGCCGAAGGCAGGGCUGAUAUCCCUUCGCUUACCCUGAUCUGGCCUCGUUUUCUGCUCGAAGGCUUUAGGCAUUAAAUGGAAGCUACAAGCGUAUUCUGCCGGGCCUUCGGAGCCGUAUUCUUAACUAGGCCGUUUCGACGAGUUGAGCUUUCGAUUCUGCUUUCUGCCUCAGGCCAUUCGCUUUUUCUUCCUGUAUCGUGCCGAGUUGUUACGCCCGACGAACAUGGCGGACGCCGUCGAUCUCAGCAAGUUGCCUCCUGAGGCUCUCGCUCAGAUACCAGCUGGGUAUCCUCCGGAUGGCGUGGUCUCGAAUCUGGUCAAUCCUCCUACUGUCGGCUAUCAUAUCCUCGUCGCGAACAGUCUCCUGAUGGCGAUAAUGUUCACGUUCGCGGGACUCCGAUUCUACACCGCGAUCAAGAUCAAGCGCAAGUUCUCGCCGGAUGACUGGGCGACUGUCGCUGCCCUCAUCGGGAGCAUUUACUACUUCACCAUCGUGUGCAUGGCCAUUGUGGUCACCAAAUUCGGCACGCACAUGUGGGACCUCUCAGUAGCCCACAUGAAGACCAGGAACAUGGCGCUUCUCGGCUUCAUGUCAAACGGACCACCGCAUCUCAUCUGGCCGACGAUCAAGACCACCUUCUUUCUUAUGUAUCUCCAACUCUUCCGACCAUUAGCUUGGCUUCGUCGCUGCGUCUACGUCGGCCUGGUAGUCGUCUGGCUAUGGUAUCUCGGAAUGGCUAUAACCACCAUGGUGAUCACCGCGCCUCCGCCAGGAAAGGGUUGGGUAGAGUCCUUCGCCACUCCGCGCUACCUCUUGACAUUCAAGCUCACCGUCCCCGCCGCAUCGUUCAGUCUCGUCUCUGACGUGUACAUCCUGCUCCUACCGCUCGUCGCCAUCUCGCAUCUACAGAUGAGCUCAGCGAAGAAGAUUGGAGUUGGUGCGAUGUUUUCAACCGGAUUCAUGCAAGUACCUCGACGGUUCUGCUGCCUCGCUUCCGCCGUCUCGGUGUACUUCCAACAUCGCAUCUGGAAAAACCAGAGCGACUACACCUACUAUGUUGUCUACGUAUACCUGGCGUAUAUGAUUGAGAUCUGCGUCGGUAUCUCGACCAGUUGCAUGCCUUCACUGGCACGCUUGCACAGAGAAAACGGGCCGAAGCUGGGGUCCAUUGCCUCCUCUUUGGGCUUCCCCUUCCGCAGCCUCCGCAAGACGACGAAUAAUUCAAACAACUCCAGGCUUUCGACCAUCGAUGGGUAUCCGAAGAAGAGCCCAUACGCGUAUAUGGAGGAGGAAUCCGAUCCUGGAGCCCAUGAAAUGGGGCGCAUUCCGACCCCAGGCAGCAAUUCAGCUCUCGUGGGUGCUCCCGAUACGAGCCAGGGCGCGCACAUUGGCAUUGUCCGCACUGAAUCCAGAGGAACAAGCGAGCGAAAACACGCAGACAUCGAAGCGUGGCCAAUCAGAAGCCGAUGAAGUCGUGGCAACAACACCACCUAUUCUCGAGCCCCAGCUAUGUGAGGUCAACCAGCCUCCACUGUUCUGGGACCUGUAGAGCGAGCGAAUGUGCCGGGAUCUGGUCAAGCGCCAACAUGCAGACGGCAAGCCAUCUCGUACGGCAGUGGUGAAAGGGAACUCUGGGAGUUGUGUUGUAUUUGGGAAAGAGAACAAGUUGCUGCGCCGCUCAUAGGCAGAUGCCAGAAAAGUCAGGUCGUCGUAAUCCAGUGCCUCGCUUAAGCAUUGUCCGUCUUAUUGCAUGCAGGAGAAGCAUGGUGUUGUGUGCCGGGGUUUCGAUUGGUCAGGACCGCAUAGCCAGCCUACCUAGGGAGUAGCGCGCUGAGCAAUCAGCAACUCGUUAAUCUAGGAUUCGACCCAUCUAGCUCCACGUAUGAGUAUGACAGAUUGCGUUUUUUC